AUGUCUGAUCCUUCAACUUCCACCACCCCAUUACAACAUCCAUCAAUCCACCCCGACCAACAACGCAACCUACACCUCAUCCACAACAUCACCAACGCAACCACUUCACAACAACCACCACCACCACCACCUUCCUCCACCAGAGAAUACCGCAAAGGUAACUGGACCAUCCAAGAAACACUCAUCCUCAUCACAGCCAAGAAACUAGACGAUGAACGCAGACUAAAAAACCCUUCAACUUCCACAACCCCAUCAUCCUCAUCACAAGAACCCAACAGACCAACAAACACUGCAUGUCUCACCGGCAUUGCAAGUCCUAGCAGCAGCUCAACCAGCAGAAACAGCGGCGAACUGAGAUGGAAAUGGGUUGAGAACUAUUGCUGGAGUCAUGGUUGUUUGAGAAGCCAGAAUCAAUGUAAUGAUAAAUGGGAUAACUUGCUUCGUGAUUACAAAAAAGUUCGUGAUUAUGAGUCCAAAUCAGAAUCAUCACCCAAAGAUCAUUUUCCUUCUUAUUGGAUUCUCAAUAAACAACAACGCAAAGAACAGAAUCUUCCUUCUAAUAUGGUCUUUGAAAUUUACCAAGCCAUAAGCGAAGUUCUUCAAAGAAAACAAACACAAAGAAUAAUCACCACUCCACAACAACAAAACCAACAACAACAUCAACAACAACAAGGUUUGGUUACAUUAGUGUCUUCUUCAUUACCAGCACUACCACUGCAAGUUCAAGCGCAGCUUCUUCCUCCACCACCACAACCACAACCACUACCUCCACCACUUCCACUACAACAACCACCUCCACCACCGCAUGCUCCGGCAAGCUCCACUACUCCAGCUGUUUCAGAGAGAACAGAAUCAUCAGAUUCAGAGAAGAGUGAGGAGGAGGAGGAAGAAGAUGAGGAGGGUGGUGGUUCAGAAUCGAAACGUCGGAAAGUAAAGAACCUUGGUUCAAGCAUAAUGCGAAGUGCAUCAGUGUUGGCACGAGCAUUGAGAAGAUGUGAGGAGAAGAAGGAAAAACGACACAGGGAAUUGAUUGAGCUUGAACAAAGACGGAUUCAAAUGGAGGAAGCUCGAAACGAGGUUCAUCGGCAAGGUAUCGCGACCAUUGUCGCCGCCGUUAGUAACCUUUCCGGUGCUAUUCAGUCAUUCAUUAACUCCGAACACCAUGGUCGAAGAUAA